AUGUCCGAAGAAGAAACACUCCUCACGAACCUCUGCGCAAUCUGCCACCUCCAAACCCCCAAAUACCGCUGUCCCCGCUGCAGCACACGAACCUGCUCCCUACCCUGCACACGCCGACACAAACUCUGGUCCCAGUGUUCAGGGAUCCGCGACCCAGCCGCCUACCUGCGACGCAGCGAGCUCGCGACCGAAUCCGCCUUCGACCGCGACUUCAACUUCAUCACGGGGAUCGAGCGACGGAUUGAGCGUGCGGAGCGCGAGGCCGAGGAUCGUGGCGUCGAUGUUUCGGGGAAGAGGGUGAGGGAUGCGGAGGUUGUGGGGUUGGAGCAUGAGGUUGAGGAGGUGAGUCGAGAUCGCGGUGGGAAUGGGAAUGGGAAUGGGAGUAAGAGGAAGAGGGGGCCGGAGAGUGGGUUGAGUAGAGGGGAGGCUGGAUUUGUGAGGAGGGCGAGGGAGAGCGGGGUGAGGGUUAUUAAGGCGCCCGCGGGGAUGAGUCGGGAAAGGGUUAAUGGGUCGAAGUGGCAUCAUAAACAAAAGUGUUUACUCUGGACGGUCGAGUGGAUUACGGACGAGGGAACGAAGAGAUUCAACUCAGUCGAGACUUGUUCAGUUGCUGAGGCCUACGAUCGGGUCUUCCCCCUAUCGAAAGAAGAGAGGAAGGUUCACAGUGAGAAUCAGUCGGCUACACAGGACGAAGACUCGGAAGACCCCACGCAAAAACCUGAAUCCAGUACCUCCGAGAUCGAUCCCCAGUCAACAUCCGAACCUUCAGAGACACAACCAACAGCUCAUGAUAUCACAACAAACGCAUCCGAAGACAAACCCACCCCCCACCGAAACAUCUACCUCUACCUCCAUCGCCCCCGAACCGCAACGAAACAGCAAGUCCUGGUCCCCCUCUCCCCGCGCACAACACUCGCCGACGCCCUCCGCGGCCGCACCGUUCUCGAAUUCCCUACAAUCUACGUUCUACGAUCACCACUCGACGAAACGCGGUCGCAAGAACAAAACGAUAAAUUCAUGCUAGAGAAGGAAUAUCUACGUACACAUCCAGAUACAGAGGAAGUCGACGACGGGCCAGAGGAAACAGAUGCGCAACCGGUCUUUGGCGCCGUCGACAUCCCGAACGUGGAUGAGAGCAAGGUACUGGAGGUUUUGAGAAAGGAUCUACUAGGCGCUGCGCCGGUAGAUGGGUCGGAAGAUUUGUGA